UUCACUUGAAUACGUCUCCUUGAGCUGCACUGUCUUUUUUUUUUGGAUUUACGUAAAGCCUUUGUUAACUUUGUCAUAUUCCGAAGCGGAAUACAUUUUUUUGUAAUCAGUUUUAACCAUAAAUCUCCAGAUUUCUCUUCGGAUGACCAUGUAACGACAUAACUGGACUUUGGAGUUGUAAUGGGAGAACAGACCGAUAUUACGUCAACGAGAACGAAACCAAGUCAGACGGGGUUUGAAGAAAGAUGACAGAAGUUUCAUUUCUGGACAAACUAACCCGAUCUGGACUACACUGUCAAAUUAUAAAACCGGACUCGAACAAAAUGCAUGGAUUCUCACAGGCUCCAACUCAUGAUGAGCGAAUGUUUGGUGGUGGUGCACAUGCUCACCCGAACUCAUUCUCAUGUUAAUUCAGAGUGUAACACCAAUGCUGCUGAAAAAGUUUCUUCUUAAUACCUCAAAUCAUUGUGAAGAAUGAUACGAUUGCGGCUCCAUCGCAAACAAAGAAUUGUGAUAUAUCUCUUUUUUGCACUGCUUUUUGUAUGUUGCUGCCUGAUCACAAUUUUAGUAGUCAAUGAAAUAUUACUGUCUGAGAGCCCGCGGCUGACAGUGCGAUAUGGCAUCAGUUGCGCAGCAAUAUAUGAAAUGGAACCAGUGGAACUGGGUAAAACGUUAGUUAUUCGCAAGGAAAAAACCUACGUAGGGCCAACCGACGAUGCUGUUGUGAAUGCCACGUUUGACUGUGAGCAAUUUUUCUCACAAGGUUAUGGUGCGAUUAAAGGCUCUGAGUUUGAGCGUGAAUUUCCCCUUGCUUAUUCUUUGGUCGUUCACCAGGAUGCGGCUCUUGUGGAGAGGAUGCUAAGGGCCAUUUAUAUGCCGCAUAACAUUUACUGCAUACAUUAUGAUCUGAAGUCUUCAAAUGAUUUCAUUUCAGCAAUGAAAGGUCUGGCCCGCUGCAUCCCCAACGUCUUCAUUGCCUCAAAGCUGGAGAGGGUGCAGUACGCAGGCAUCUCACGACUCAAAGCGGAUCUCAAUUGCCUGUCUGACCUCCUAGAUUCUGAAGUCAAGUGGAAGUACGUUAUCAACCUGUGUGGUCAGGACUUUCCACUGCGGACAAACGCUGAGCUGGUGUCAGAUCUAAAAGAGCUGAAAGGCAAGAACAUGGUGGAGAGCAAGUUCCCUGGAGGAAAGUCAAGCCGAUGGACUUACCAGCAUUCACUGAAAGAUAGUAAUUCAGUGUACUAUGAGGCUCCUGUAAGCACUUCUGAGAUGAAAUCUCCACCUCCUCACAACAUCGAAAUGUUUGUGGGCAGCGCAUACUUUACACUCUCAAGGGAAUUUGUGGUUUUUGUUAACCAGAGUUCCCUAGCCAGAGAUUUCCUGGCAUGGUCUGAGGACACAUACUCACCUGAUGAACAUUUCUGGGCGACUAUGGUUCGUGUGCCUGGGGUGCCAGGGGAAGUGCCAAGAUCUGAUCCUGAGAUCUCAGAACUAAUAAGUAAAACCCACCUGGUGAAGUGGUCGUAUUUAGAAGGGUAUCUCUACCCACAAUGCACUGGAGUCAGUAUACGAGCUGUGUGUAUUUAUGGUGCUGCUGAGCUCAGAUGGCUACUAAACUACGGCCACUGGUUUGCUAAUAAAGUGGAUCCAAAAGUGGAUCCCAUUCUUAUUGAAUGUUUAGAGGAGAUACUUUCAGAAAAACAACUGAGGCCGAAAGUGCAGUAAAAAGGACUUUUAUUUUUUACUGGUGAAACUUUGGAUUGGUGUUUAAAAAACGCAAUACUUUUUUAUGGGGUUGAGUAAUUUAUUUGGGGUUUCUGGUAAAAAUAUUUAGAAAAUGCAUUUGUUUUAAAUGUAUGUAUCUGUGAUUUAGUUAUGUGAUCUAUUUUACCUUUCUGCGCAAAAGAUUUAAAGGAAUAGUUCACAAAAAGAAAAACAAAUUAGCUGAGACUGUGCUCACCCUCAGGUCAUCAAGAUGUAGAUUUGGAAAAAGUUAGCAUUACUUCACUUAAUCUUCAAUGGAUCUGCUUCAGUGAAUAGGUGCCGUCAGAAUGAGGGUCCAAACAGCUGAUAACAAGUAAUUCAUGUAACUCCAAUCCUUCAGUUAACCUCUUAUGAAGUGAAAAGGUGAGUUUUUGUAAGAAACAAAUCCAAAAAUUCUUAACCUGAAACAGUCGCUUCUGUUAUCCAUAAUAAUGUUUCCUCCACUAAAAAGUCUUCCCACAUCAAAAACCACUGUUAUAUUUGUUUAGAGCUUUUUUGGACUGUUUUUGGCUUGCUUGAUAGGUGCAUAUUUCUCUCCUGAUUCAGAUGAGGUGACUUUUUCCCUGGAAAAAGCAAUAUUAUGUAUAGGGGACUUUUAACUGAAAAGCACAAUUUGUUGAGUCAGCUUAAAAUAAUUUGUUACCCUGCUGCUUUAAAAUUAUAAGUUCAGUCAACUCAAAUAAGUUUUGUCAACUUGAAAUGUUAAGUUGUACUAAGUAACAACUUAGAUAUUUGUGUUUGUUAAACUUAAUAGAUGGGUAAGUAACCCAGCUGCCUUAAAAUUUUAAGUUGAAUCAACUCAAACAUAUAAGUUGUCACUUAGUAUAAUUUAACAUUUCAAAUUGAAUAAACUUUUUUUGAGUUGACUGAACCUUUUAAGGCAGCCAGGUAACAAAUUAUUUUAAGUUGACUCAACAAAUUGUUUUUUACAGAUGAAUUUAAACUGAAAACAACAGUUUGAAGUAAAAAACAUCUUAAUGAUGGAUAUAUAUUUUAAACAUGCAGCUUUUUGCUUCACAAGGUUAUUGUGGUUAUUGAUGGUUGUUGUGAGACUUGUUAUCAGCUGUUUAAACUCUCACUCUGAUGGCACCCAUUCACCGCAGCGGAUUCUGUGAAAAUGCUAAAUUUCUUUAAAUCUGUUCUGAUGAAGAAGCAAACUAACUCACUCACAAAUGUUCAUUUUUAUGUGAGCUAAUCCUUUAAAAACUAUUCUAGAAUGGCAGGGAAAAAUAUGUUUAUUUUCAAGCUUUUAAAAAUCACUGGAUCUUUCACAUGUCCUUCUUAAAUGAAGAAGACCUUAUGUUGGCUCAGAGCAACGACUUAAGUCACUGAAAAAAUGAAUUUGCAUGUGUGGCGACGCUUGUUGUCUGGGUUGCCACUGUGCUAGAUUUUACAGAAGGAAUCAUGCAAAUCAAGUAAACAAACCCCAUAAAACAACAAGGCAAAAAGACAACAUUUACAUGUUGCAAUUUCUCAUCUUACAGGCCAGUUUUGAAGGCUUUUAAGAUUGCAACAAAUGCCCCGUGAUCUACUCUGAGGUUAUACAGCAUUGCCCCACCUAGCAAUCCAGGCAUAUAAAAUAAAUAGCUUUUUAACAUUUCGAAAGUUUGCUUAACUAGUAUUUGAUGAAUAACUUAAUGGUUAAACUGGAUUAAGGGUUGUUAGUUAGUCCCAGGUUUUGUUGAAAAACCUGAAAAACCAUAUGCAAACUCUUGAGAAUUCACCCCUGAGCAUUUUUGAUGAUUGUAUCAGAAUGUAAAUACUUAGGAACUUCCUUUUGCAGAGUAAAAAAGUUUAUUCUUUUUUUCUCACACAUAUUUUUGUACAUUUUAUACCUAUUUUUACACACAAAGUGAAGGGGUGGGUUUACAAUUCCCAACUUUUGAAUCCACUUAAUAAUCAUUUGUGGGUUAUUGACGUGUUGAUUCCUUCGUAUUUCAUAUAGUCUUUUUUUAAUAUAACACUUUCACAGUGCAUUAAUUUUUUUUGUCAAAUGCCAUGCUUUCAGUUUAUUGUUCAUGUAAUGUGUGUUUUUGAGUGGUACCUGAAAUGCAGUAACUGUUUUGGCUGGCUUCAGAGAAAAGACAUGCACUUUAUUCCAUUUCAUUUAUCAAUACAUUUACUGAAUAAAUAUAUGUAUUGUUAAGGCCUGAAUUCUAGAUGCUAAUGACACUCAGCAUCAAAGAGGGAAGAUACACUUCAGUUUGUUGUUGUAUGGUGUGAUUACACAGAUUAUUAAGAGCAAUAGGGUUACAUGAGAAGAGCGAUUCCAGGUUUGUGACCGACAUAUAUACAUUAACAUUAAUCUUUUUUUACGAAGUCAACCUGUCCAUGUAGGCAUUUGUUUACAUGAAUGUGAACCAAAUGUGUAUUAUCAAUGCAAAAUCUCUGGCAACACAAACUAAGCAAUGCCAUUUCUCCCUUUUUAACAUUGGUAAGUCUGUUUGUUUUGCUAUAGUUGGUUGCAUUGCAUUAUUUGCAGACUGUGUUUUACCUGCUGUCUGUAAACGUGCAACUAAUUUUUUGGGGUUGCAACUCACUUGUUAAACCAUUCACAGCCACACCAGUCAUGUGUGAUCUGUGUCUAAAUAAAAUGUUUUAAGACUU